GCAAUUGAAGCUGAAGAAGAGAGAGCUAAAAGAAAUAGAAAGUUAGAAUGGAAAGUUGAACCUUUGAACCUUUUCCCGUCUUAUUCUUAGCUUCAUCUUCGACUCAUUCCCAUUCCCCUGCUCCGUAAGCAUCGAAACUCGCAUUCUAGGCGACUUCUCUUGUCUGGGUCUUUGUAAUUCUGUAGAUCUCUGCAACUUCGUUCUUCUUCCCCCGGAUUUGGCAGUUGUAGGCUAAUUUUAACAAAAUGAUUCAGCUCUUGUUUACGGUUAUAUUCGCGGAGAUGGCUUUGAUCAUGAUCCUUUUGUUUAAAACCCCUUUGAGGAAGCUUGUGAUCAUGUGUUUGGAUCGGGUGAAAAGAGGGCGGGGUCCUGUGAUGGUGAAAACGGUUGCAGGGACCGUGUUUGUAGUCUUAUUGUCGAGUGUGUACAGCAUGAUGAAGAUCCAGAAGCGUUCCAUCGAUGCCGGUGCUGCUAAUCCGACUGAUCAAGUUCUCAUGGCCAAGCAUCUUCUCGAAGCUUCGCUUAUGGGAUUCUCCCUGUUCCUUACUUUGAUGAUAGACAGACUACACCAUUAUAUCAGGGAACUGCGCUUGCGAAGGAAAGCCAUGGAAGCCGUGAAGAAACAAAGUCGAGGUUUUGAGGAUGGUGGGAAGAAUGGGGCUUCAGAGGAAAUGAAAACCUUGGAGGAAGAGGUUACCAGGUUGAGGGAGAAGGUUAAACACCUUCAGUCUGAAUUUGAGACAAAGGCAGAAGAGGCCAAGGCCGCUGAAGCUAAUGCAACGGCUUUGAGGAAGCAGUCAGAAGGGUUCCUUCUUGAAUAUGAUCGCUUGUUGGAGGACAACCAAAACCUUCGGAACCAGUUGGAAUCAGUUGAUGCAAAGUCGUCGGAUUUGGAUGGCAAAAAGAAUACAUAAGGUGACCUUGGACAGGGUGAUGAACAGUUUCCCUGUUUUCCAGAAUUCAUCUCAUGCAUCUGUUCGAGGUUUAUGCGGCUCUGUAUUAUGGGCCAUGAGAGGGGUGAAAUGAUGCAAACGAUUGAGGUUUUGUUUCUUUUUCUUUUCUAUUUGCUAUGUAUGAUAAUUUUUAGUAAAUUGCAGCAUGUUUGAGUAGUCACUUCUAUGUAUCAGUUGCUUUGGGAUGCAUAAUUUUAGACUGGUAAAUUAGAUCCCCGCAGAUGUGAAAUGCACAAAUAUAUAUACUCUCUUUAUGCCGUUGGUGCC